UAUAUAUAUAUACGAUAUAAAGUUGAAUAUUUGAUUGAAUGUUCAUCUUGCUUUCGUUUUAUUGCAUCGUUAAAUUACUGUGUGUGACAAAAUAUUUAUAAUUAAACGUCAACUUGAUUUUUUCGCGUAUAAUAUAAAUUGUUAUUGUAAAUAUUGAGUCUUUUGAGUUUGUCGAUAUUAUAUUCCUAUAUAUACGUGUAACUGAUUUCCUCUGAAGUCUAUGAUCUUGUACGUAAAAUUCACUAGUCGGUUCUAGUUGUUAGUUAUUUACCAAUCGGUUGACAAUCGUCUCAUCGUCGAUUAAAUUUAACUCGUGGAAUAUAAAGUAGCUUUCUACGAUCGACAAUGUCGUCUAAAGAAUUUAAAUCUGGUAAAACUGAUGGAAGUUUAAGAUGAAUAGUCGACCGCGAUAUUUGUAGAGUGGUGGUAGAGUUUCCAACGUGAGACCAUGCUUUCGCAUUGUGCGUGAAAGUGGUGUAAUAAGAUUCUGUCGUUGUUGAAAAUUUCGUCGGAUAGUAAGGAUCGUACUCUGGUUCGCUUGGUAUUAAAGGUUUUAAAGACAAUGUUAAAGCGUGUACGGGUAAUUCUGUGAUAGUUACGCUUGUACUGGCUAUACUACCACUAGGGGUAUGGGCUGUGGUAGAAGCAACUUUUGCAUUCUUUUGUAUAGAUUUCAGCGUUUCUAAAUACGGAUAAUUUCUGUAAUUCGUAGAUGGCAAUUUCGCAAGAUCCAUAGGAUUCUUCGUAGCUUGAUAGUUUAUGUUAUUCUCUCGACUAGUUUUGUACAAAGCAGCAUCGUUUAUUCUUCGAUAUGGAUAAUCUUUUCGAUAAUCGUUGUUUGUUCUCGUUGACUUUUCGUCAAGUUUAUCUGUUUCGCUUCGAAUGGAACGAUCUUCGUUUCUUCUCGAUCCGUUGUUCUCAUCGUGCGCAGGUUGCAUUCUACUAGUAUUUGUAGAACAAUCAACAGGAUUACUUGUAGCAGCAGAGUUGGCAUAGUCAAACGAAGAGAAUGAACUUGUCGUAUAUUUUUCAAUGGGUACGAUUCUUGUCUUAUUCGGAUUCGUAAAGAGAUGUGUUGCGUCAAACACGGAUCCGUGUCUUUGCCCGUUGUUCGUUUUCCUUGGUUGUGUCGCGUGAGAAAACGAAGAGUCGUGAUUCUUCUCUAUCGUCUCUGAGUUUUUUCCAUCAGAAUUAUCGCCCUCUUUCUCUUUGAUACGUAUUUCUUUCGUAUUAGUAAGAGCGUUUCCCUGACAUUGCACGAGAUGAGCGUGAUCGCAUAUCAAAGCAUCUUGUCGAAAAGCAGUUUCCUCGGGACAUUGGUGAGUAAAUUUAUUUCCAUAUUCGUCGCAAGUGUGAUAUAUUUUACAACUGGCAUUAAUAUCUGCGUAGAAACCAGCAGUUUUGUUCAAACAGGAGAAGCUUGUCCUCGCGGAGCUUACGGUAUUAAAUAUCUCAAACUGAGUAUACAGGAUGAACGUUGUAUAUCGAACGAUAAAUUUCCAAAUCCAUUCCAAAUGUAUCAUUUUCAUAAUUGCAAAGUGAAAUUGGAAAUACCGUACGUUUCGCAAAAAUGUUUGAGCCUUUGAUGAUAUAUCGCUAAUGAAUGACGUUACUACUCGUACCACCAACAAUGUUGUGACUGGCAACGUGAAAGUGAAAACGUCGAGUUUAGAAUGUACGUCUGACCUAUAGAAUUCUUCCCACAAUCUUUUCGUCCUUCUUUCUUUCCAUCUCCCAUCGUGUGUGUGUGUGUGUGUGUGUACGUAAUACGUACCACGUAUCUUUUUCCCUUUCUCAGAGAGACAUACGCGAUACGACUAUAAAGCUAACGCGUCGUCACCUCGUGGAAGCAACGUCUUAUAUGGAACAUUUUAUCUACGUUCCCAAGCAACACGAUCCCAAGAAUAUUUAAAUUUUGUUUCGAAGCAACGGCUUUUGUUGGCCGCAUCUUGGAUUCGUCGAUGUAGUAUAUAUCCAUCCACCCUGUCUCGAGAUUUAAAUAUCUUCCGUGCUACACUUUUAUCAGCGGUACGAAGAAAUCCGGCCAAUUACUUGAAAGAAUCAAAUAAGCAAUUGCAAUUGUAUGCAGAGUCUGAAGCAAUUGCAAAAAAAUAUGUUUGUGUAUUGAGAAAAGAGAACGCGAGGUUACUUCGUAGAAACAGGCCAUAAUUCUAGCGAUAGUUUGUGGGGUAUUUGAGAGAAAGAUGGCUCUCUAGAAACGCUAAAAAUACCUAGAAGGAGAACGACGAAUCUAAAAUUAAUAUUAUUAUUUCACACACGAUAUAUCAAAAAUUUAGUGAAAUUGAAAAUUUGGUUUCACAUUCACAUCGGUAAACGAAUGAGCAAAAAUUAUGUGUAAAAAUCUCAAAAUUUAUUCGUAUUAUGAAUUCUGUGUGAAAAGUCGAUAAUUGCUGUUAUUGACAUGAACGCUAUUCCGUAUGUGCUAAACCGAUUGCUAUAAAUUGAUUGUUUAAUUUUAUGUGAUACCGAGGCAAUCGUUAAACUGAUACAAAUUAUAAAUACUGAAAACAUUAAUAAAAAAAAUAAAAGUCAAAGAAGACACGACGUACGUGUUCUUUGUAUGCACAAAUUGGAAAAUAUUUAGUGAUAUUUUUCCAACCAACGAUAAUAAAACAACGUAACACCAUUGUUGUAGCAAACUUUUUAUCUUUCUGUUAUUUUACAAUUCUGUUAUUUUAAAUAUGACUGAUCCGUGCAAUUGCAAUUAAAAUUCUUGUUAUGUUGAAUUUUUCUCUGAACUUGCACGCGCGCGCGCACGCGCAAUUUAUACUAAUUUAUAGUAAGAAUCUUUUUCAAGUAAUAAAAUAAAAAUCUUUCUUCUUAUAAUUUCAAUAUACAUAAUGGGAAGCGCUAAUUCUUCAAACGUAUAAUAAUGUAAUUUUUUUAAACGCGACAUGUAUCUUCUCACGGAUUCAAUGGAAUAAAAAAAAUUCUGUUUUUCAUACCGUAGAUAUGGUAGAUGUGACUAUUUUAUUCCUGCGUGUGAGAUAUUUGACACGUUGGUUGACUGAAACGAUACACGCGACUCCUAGUAAUUUCUAAAGGCUGGUAUAUUCUAAAGGCUGUAGCUAUAUUUUGCCUGUGUCGUCUACGCGAGUACUCGCCUUUAAACGAUCGAGAAACACCAAUAUUUAAAUAAAUGAAAAAAUUUGAAUAAACUAAAUGUACAGGAGUAGUUGCGUAUCGAGAGUUCGUUUAUAAAACAAUGAAAAUUGAAUAAAUUUCAAUCGGAAACGCCGCGAUAAAACGACAUCCGUUGAAAGUGAUUUUGUCGAGAUACGGACAUUUAUGAAACGAUGGCUUGUACAAAAAUACCCAGACGAGUUAAAGAAGACGACGUGCUCGAGUGUUUUCUUUAUCCAAAAAUUUGUUACGCGAGAUCUUCGGAGACUGUGACGGAAGAAAUUCUUUCACGAGAAAUUGAAAAAUUUAACGAAGAAAUUGCACCGUACGUUGAAGGUUAUAUCUGGCAUAAUGAUAAUUUAAUUUUUUAUCCUAGAACGAGGCAAGCGUUGUUGUUGGAAAAACUUGUGGAAAGUUCUACGAUCGUAGAAGAAUGUAACACGUUGCCUCACAUUUACGUACGUCUGCGUUUUGACGAGGACAUAACCGACGAAUGGUUCGUGGUCUUUCUGAUAUUUAAACUUACUCAGAUUUUUGAUGGUUUAAUUGCUAAAGUUAUAGAUUCUGACGGCGAGUUUCUUUUGAUCGAGGCUGCGAAUGCUUUGCCUCAGUGGGCUAACCCUGAAACAUGUGAAAAUCAUGUAUUUGUAUACAACGGUGAAUUGUACAUUGUUCGUGAAAAGUACAAAACGUUGUUGGAUUUGUUGAACAAUCUCCAGGAGAGACCGUAUCUUUUCAAAGCUUCUGAGAAAGUACAAGAUACGUUGAAAAAACGAAUUAACGCGUACCCUAACGAGAUCGAGAGAAGACGCCACAAAGCGCGAGUUUUUUUACCGGAGAAAGCAGUUUCGAUACUUCGACAAGAACCAAGACUUAUCGCGCUAGUUGUUCGAACGAUUUGUCACUCCGAUCCACUCGAGAGAAAAGUUUGUCGUGCCAUGAAGUAUUUCCCUCCUGAACAGCGUAUCAUGGUUAACGUAAAAAUGACCAAAUGUUUGUACGCAAUGGCAAGUCAUUGUCGAUAUACGGGAGAUCCGAGAACAGGGUGGAACGUACCACCGAUAACUUAUUCGAAGUACAAUGCUCAUGCACUUGGAAUCAAGAUAGCCUGUGGCCUGGAAAUGUUGAUUGCUCGUGCAAACGAAGAACGCAGAAAAAAAGGAAACAGAUCGCUCGACGAUUCGGAGAAAUUAAAAUUAAAAGCAAACGAGGAUAUUUUAAAUACUUAUUUAAGUCGUUUGGAGAUUAACGGUUAUUUUAGAAAUCUAUUGAAGGACAGCCAAGAGUACGCGAAACUCUCGAAUGCAGCGAAAGAUUAUUACUUCGAAUACUUCAAUCUGCGUGAUUCCGUUACCGACGUUGACAAAAGCGAUGCCGAAAAGAUUUUAGAAGCCUGGGAAAACGUACAGUCUAACGACGUUGAACUGCAUGCUCGAGACGAAGCCGCUUUAAGUCCUGCGGAUAGUGACAGUUGGUUGAACGUAGAUCCAGUGCAGUUGGAAAUAUUUCUGAAUGAAAAGUGGGGAAAUGUUAGAAGCAAGAAACGCGAGAAGCAAGAGUCGUUGAGUCUUAAAGAAAAAGUGCAGAUGUUUUUAAAUCAAAAUAGCGACAUCGAUGGUGUACAAUUUUUGGAAGAUCUUUCGACGGAGGCUGACGCGAUGCACGACCCGGAAGACAAUGGAAAAGUUGAAUUCGACGCAGACAUAUUCGACAGUACGUUACGAGGUAUAUUAGAUUUAGCUGUUCCAGGAAACGAGGGGGAGUUUGAAGGAAGUUCGGAAGGAUCCUUGGGUGGGGACGACGAAGAUAAAAGAAACGAAAUGGAUAAAUAUAUGAGAUUGUUAAAUUCAGAAUUACAAUCGCAAAUUGAAAAGGAGGAGGAUUCUGAAACGAAUCUGAAAAGCUCCGAUGUCGUGGAAGACAAUCUGAUAAAAAGUAUCACGGAAGAAGCAGGUGGUUCAGGCCCAACUGGAAAUAUAAUAGGUAGACGACUUUUGCAUUUGCAGUUACAAUCACCUAUCGCUGUACCUCCUGAUUUGCAAAGUUAAUAAUUCUAUCUAGAUGUUAAUAUCUCGAUGCUCGAAUGUAUCAACGAUUGUUAAUAGAUUGAAAUUCCUAUUAAUCGUUUCGCGCAAAGUAUGUAUUUGUUACUUUGAAAAAAGAAAAAAAAAAAUGAAAUUUAAUAUCAAUAGCACGUUUACUGUUGAAAAAAGAAAGUAAUAUCUUUGUACGUACACGCGUAAUGUUACGAACUCGCAAUUUAAAUAUUUUUUUACAAGCUGUUGUACGACGUUUAUAUUUUAUACUUCAUUCUUUUCGUUUAUAUUUGAAGCUUUGUUGUAUAAAAGUAUGUUUAAUUACAAUAUUAAAUGAAAUACGUGUGUGUGUGUGUGUGUGUGUGGGUGGGUGGGUGGGUGCGUGCGCGUGUGUGCAGCCGCAUAUUAAAAUAUCGUUAUACUUCGUUGCAAAAUAUUACAAAAAUUUGUGAGCAAUGACGAGAAUCAAUUGGUUAUUUAAACGAUGGGUUUAACCACUUUGGAAUUUUACUUUUUCUUUCGUUUAAUGAUUCGUUGCUUGUUUGUGUGUUCGAUUCGUUUGUAUCGUUAUUUACAUUCUCGUCUUUACUUGUCAUUUCCUGGUUCUUUGUCAUCGACUUUCUGAAACGUAAAAAUAUAGCAUAUCGAGCGGUACUUGUGCAAUGACGAAGGGUCAAUACCUAUAAACUAUCGCUUACCUAGCAUUAGCUACUUGCAGUUCGACUUUCUUAGGAUCCGUAAAUUUUUGUUUUACGUCCGAUUUAAGAGCUGACGAGCCGGAAUAAUGAACGAUGGCACAAGGAACCAAGUUUUCAUCGAUUAAGCGAGCAUUAA